AUGUCUUGCUACGACCUGUGCUCCCCUGCUGUCAGUGGCAUCAGCCGCCCCCAGCCCCUCGCUGACAGCGGCAAUGAGCCGUGUGUGCGCCAGUGCCCCGACUCCACUGCUGUGAUCCAGCCACCUGCAGUCGUUGUCACCUUCCCUGGCCCCAUCCUCAGCUCUUUCCCCCAGAGUUCAGUUGUGGGAUCCUCUGGAGCACCCAUCCUUGGAGGCUCUGUGAGCUCCCUGGGCUAUGGGGGCUAUGGCUCCCUUGGCUAUGGGAACUCAUCCCUGGGCUAUGGGGGUCUGUAUGGCUAUGGGAACUCAUCCCUGGGCUAUGGGGGUCUGUAUGGCUAUGGGAACUCAUCCCUGGGCUAUGGGGGGCUGUAUGGCUAUGGAAACUCAUCCCUGGGCUAUGGGGGGCUGGGCCUGUAUGGCUAUGGUAGAUCCUAUGGCUCUGGCUCCUGCAGCCCUUACUCCUACCAGUACAGCAGAUACCGUCGUGGCAGCUGUGGGGCCUUCUAA